ACCCGUAAUAAUGUCUCUUUGUAACAAUAUACAUCAACAUCCUCGCCUUCAGGAUUUAUUUAGAUACUAAGAUUUACAGCAUCCUUUAUUCAUAGAUCUCAAGAUUGCAUUUCCUGAGUUUGUAUCUUGCAAUAUUAUUAUUUCGUAUUUUAAUUCUUUAAUUUUGGUCAUUGGCGUCCAGAGAUUCUGUUGGCGUCCUGCUGGGACUUGCAAAAUAAUAAUAAAAAUAAAAUAAAAAAAGGAUGAUGAACGGAAGGACCCGAUGGGAUAUUGUAAUCCAGGGUUAAUUCUCACGAAAUAUUUUUUUUAAAUUAUUAAAACAAAUGGGUAGUUUGUCUGAAACCAAAGUUAAAAACGUUCGUCGUAAACCUGGCUUGCCGAGACGUGUGGAACAAAUGAGCAAGGAGGUGCUACAGGCGACUCUGAUCAAGAAGCGGGAGUGCAACAGGCGGGCACAACUCAUUGUCGAGGGCUUCUUGGAAGAGACUGUGCAUCAGGACUGGUUUCUCAGCUCUCUGCAGUACAUCAGCGAGAGCCACUUCCAGGAUGCAGUGGAGGAGCGCGCGCUCACCAAGCUAUGUGGGUACCCACUGUGCCGAGGGAAGCUUCCCCCGGCCCCGCCCCAGCAGUUCCGCAUAUCCACUCGCCUCAACAAGGUGUACGACAUCACCGACCGCAAGAACUUUUGCAGCAACCGGUGCUGUGCAGCUGCCAAGUUCCUGAAGCAACAGCUGCUGUCGAGCCCAUUGUGGCUGCGCGACAAGGAGGCGGCUCCGGCCUUCAUCCUCCUGCCCGCCGCCGGUCCCAGUGAAGGAGUUGGUGAUGAGCUGGAGUUCAGUGUGGAGAAGGUGGCGGCGAGUGAGAGAGAGCAGUCGUGCAAGGGUCCGGUGGACGAGCAUUUGGUCACUCGGAGCUCGGAGCCAGAGACACUCGCUCCUGUGGCAGGAGGUGUGCAAGGAAACCACAGCGAGUGUGAGGGGAGGCAGGCAGACGCGGCAGGUAGAAUCUUGGACGCUGGUUGUGACAAGCUCCAGAGGGCAGGGAGUGCAGAAAGAUUUACUUGCGAAUUCAAAGAUAAAACAAGCAUCACAACAGGGGUAGGAGGUAGCAAUGAACUUGCUUUAGUUGCAGAGACCAUAAACUCAAUAGAUCAAGGAAUGAUUGAUUGCAAGCUUUCAAAGAUGUCUGGGAGCCCUAGUGAUAAAAGUUCAGAUUCAGGGUGUCUUGUUAGUAAACACACAGGUGAUUCAAGAAGUCUUGAUAUUAAAUGCACAUUGAAGUCAGAGAGUAUGAGUAGUAGAAUUGUGACUGAUUCAGAGAUUCUCACAGAGAGUGCAGUGGGCGAGGCGCGCGAGGGACGCAGUAAGUGUUCGCGAGGCAAGAAGCACCGUGGGAAGAGAGACAUCGAGGAACCAGGGCUGCACAGCAUUGUGCUGUACGUGGAGAAGUGCAUGAAGGAAUGGUUCACCAUGGACACGCUGCGACUGCUGACGAAGGAGAAGUCCCGAGAGCUCCUGGGAGACGCGGGCGUGCCUCUGGUGGACCAACAUGCUCAGGCCGCGCUGCGCCGGCGCAUUGUGCUGGAUCGCCUGAAUAGAGUGGUGCCGGACCUGCUGGCUGCUCUGGGAGCGAGCUGCGAUGUCAGUGGUGACCUGCGCCAGCUGGUGACCACGUUCCGCCUCGGUGCCCACAACAUCUCUUUCCACCAGCCUGAGUGGAACCUCGUGGGCCUCAUCCUCAUGAACAUCUUGAGCCUGAAGAAUGUGCGGCUGCAGGGACAGCUCCGGUCAAAGAAGGUGAGGGAUUCCCAGACCAUGAUCCUGCUCAGUUUCCAGCUGGACAGCGGCUACAUAGACCGUCUGCUGUGCUGGCUGACGGACGUGGAUGGCAGCUCGAGCUGACCCUGUGGCGGCGAUGCAAGAACCUAGCCACGUGCAUUCCCCAGACCCUCGUCAUGUGCAGUUGCUCCCCGUUAGUGGAGUAUGUGAGCGCGUAGGUACCAUACUUCUCGAGAGGAAACAGCUCUCUGUUAGGGGAUAAAUUGCAAGUUUGGAUACGAAGCUCUUGAACCCUCGGGGAAGAGACCAGUGGUGUGGAAGAGGGAUGGAUGGGUGAGAGGGAUGUGGAAAAAGUUAUGAAGACAAAAAAUGAGACAUAAAAUACUUAAAUUUUGUGUUAGAAGUGAAGAUUUUCUUUCAAGACUACUGAAGAGAAGUAGAUAAAUAAUACACACUGUUGGUUUAACCAUAACAUAAUUUCUGAAAUUACAACUUAAGUUAUAAUCAGUCAAGAUUUUAUAAUUUUAUUUUACCUAUCAGUUUUUUUUUUAAUAUUUAAUGAAUUUUUGGGGUUACUUGAAAGUAUACAAUAAUAAAAACCUAUUUAUGUGAAUUGUUUCAUACUUUUGAUGACAGUAAGGCUGUUAUGCUGUGCUUUAUGUAAUGAACGUUUACUCAGUAAACUGUUAAAAAAAAUAAA